GAAGCCUCAGUCACACGGAGGAUGAGUGUUCCCACCUGAAGGAGAUGAAUGAGAGGAACCAUGAAGAGCUCAGAGAACUGGCUAAUAAAUACAACGGCGCUGUCAACGAGAUCAAGGACCUCACUGACAAGAUAAAGCUGGCAGAGGGUCGUCAGGAGGAGUUGACUCAGAGGGGUCAGAUGGAGAAGAAGGAACUGCAGCUUUGUAUUGAUGAGAUGGAGGAGAAGGAACAGGCUCUACAGGCCCGCUUUGAGGCCUUACAGGCUGAUAACGACUUCUCUAACGAACGCCUCACUGCCCUGCAAGUUGGUUUAGAACAGCUGCAGGAGAAAAGCAUCAAGGACAACAACAGUUUAGCUGUGAAGCAGUUGAAAGAAGCAGUGGGUUCGUCGUUGCACAGGCUGGCUAACUUUGAUGAGGUGAUAGAUGCCCACCUGCAGAACAGCCAGACAGCAGCAGGAGACCGCCUUGCCAAUCCUGACCAACUCAAAGAUGGAAACAUGGAUGAUCAUGAACUGAACGAGCCACAGAACAGGGUCGCCAUGCUCAAAGAUGAGCUGCGGAUGGCCAACCUGGAGCCUGGGGACAGAGAGCAGGUGAUUCACCACCUCCACAGAGAGCUGCUGGAGGCCCAGGACUUGGCCAACACAGGCAAGCAGAAGUGUCUGCAGCUCCAGGCCUUACUGGAGGAGGAGAGGAGGAGUAACAGGCAGCAGACUGAGGAGUCAGCCAAGCAGAUCCAGUACCUACAGAGUCAGUUGGGGAAGCUAGCGGUAGACAUGGAGGAGCUGAAGGAGCAGAGAGAGAGCAGCAUCAGCAGCACACAGGAGGAGCUGUACUCUGCUCAGGAGGAGGUGCUAGUUCUCCACCACGCCAUGGAGGCCGCCACGGCCGAGAGGGAGCGAGACAUCGCCGCCCUGCAGAGGGAUCUGGGAGGUGUCACGGCCGAGUUGGAGAAGUGGCGUCAGGCUGCGUCGAAAUACGAACAGGAGAUCAACUCCCUGCAGGCCACCUUCCAACAGCAGAGCCUGCACCAGCACCAGCAGAGAACUAACGAUCUACAAGGGGAGUUUCAGCGUCUUCAGAAGGACUGUCCCAGUCUGCAGCAGGAGUGUGAGUGUCUCCGUUCUGAGAAGACGACCCUGGUGAACAGACUACACGGACUGGAGACAGACCUGGACAGGUGGGUCUACACACUGCAGAUGGGGGGUGUAGCUCUGACUGUCAACUGA